AUGGGGCUUGAUGAACAGAAGUGUGUUAAUGCUGACUCGACGGGCACCCACUCCAUGUACACCACCUACAAGGACUAUGAGAUCAUGUUCCAUGUGUCCACCAUGCUGCCCUACACACCCAACAAUAAGCAACAGUUACUACGAAAGCGGCAUAUUGGGAACGAUAUUGUUACAAUCGUGUUCCAGGAACCUGGCGCGCUCCCCUUCACCCCCAAAAAUAUUCGCUCACACUUCCAGCACGUCUUUGUGGUUGUGCGAGCUCACAACCCAUGUUCCGAAAACAGCUCCUACAGUGUGGCCGUCACUCGUUCCAAAGAUGUGCCCUCAUUCGGUCCUCCCAUCCCAGAAGACGUGACCUUUCCCAAAUCCUCCGUGUUCCGGGACUUCCUGCUGGCCAAGGUCAUCAAUGCAGAAAACGCCGCCCACAAGUCACAGAAGUUCCGCACCAUGGCCACCCGAACGCGACAGGAGUACCUGCGCGACCUGGCCGAGCGCCACACCACCAGCACUCCCAUCGACCCCUCCGGAAAGUUCCCCUUCAUCUCGCUGGCGCACAAGAAAAAGGAGAAGAGCCGGCCGUAUGGAGGAGCAGAGCUGCGCAGCCUGGGGGCCGUCACCUGGCUCGUCCAGGUGGAGGACCACGGGACGGGGGGGGAGCUGGAGGCCCUGCUGGCCGUCUCCAAUGACUUCCUCAUCCUGUUGGACCAGGGGGCCAAGGCCGUGGUGUUUAACUGCGCCGCUAAGGACGUGAUCGGCUGGACGGCGAGCAGCCCUGCGUCUUUGAGGAUAUUCUACGAGCGCGGGGAAAGUGUGUCUCUGAGGAGUAUCAGUAACAACACGGAGGAUUUCAAGGAGGUGGUCAAACGUCUCGAGUUCCUGACUAAAGGCUGUGAGACAUCAGAGAUGACGCUCCGUCGAAAUGGCCUGGGGCAGCUCGGCUUCCACGUGAACUACGAGGGCAUCGUGGCUGAGGUGGAGCCGUAUGGAUACGCCUGGCAGGCAGGACUGCGUCAGGGAAGCCGAUUGGUGGAAAUCUGCAAAGUUGCCGUAGCAACGCUGACCCACGAGCAGAUGAUUGACGUCCUGCGGACCUCAGUGGCAGUGCGGGUCGUGAUCAUCCCGCCACAUGAUGACGCCACCCCACGCAGGGGCUGUUCGGAGCUCUAUCGGAUGCCUGCGUCAGAUUAUAAGAGCAGCAGCGGCGAAAGCGGCUCCUUCGAAUACAAGUUCCCGUUCCGCAACAACAACAACAAGUGGCAGCGGACGUCCAGCAGCCCCCAGCAGUCCCUGACCGCCUCGCCGCAGCCGCACACCCCUAACCGGGCCAUCAGCCUGGGCAGCUCCGGGGGGAAGACCCUGUCUGCAGAGAGGCUGGAGCGAGGGGCCGUCAUCCCGCGCAGCGUCAGCAGUGACGGCCGGCCCCUCGACACCAAGAGGAUGUCUCCGGGCUGUGAGAGUUACAGCCUGGCCUCCGCCAUGGCUCUGGGUCGCUCCCCUCACAACCGCAGCUCUCCGAGCAACCUGUCCUGCUCCAGCGACGCCUCGGGGAGCUCUGCUCACUGGAGGCAGAAGUCCAUGCCUGAGCAGUAA